GAGGCGGGGCGGGGCGGGCUGAGGCGGUGCCGCGCCAACCAAAACAACGCCACACCCCGACAGCCCUUGCGCUCGCUUCAUCCCCGCCGAGACACGAGCGGUAGGGCCUGCUCGGCGGGGCCGGGGCGGCUAGGGGGAAGAUUGAAGCGGGGCGCGGAGACCCAGGCCGCGGACAUGAAGCUCCGCGUGCGGGUGCAGAAGCGGACAGCGGCGCUGGAACUGCCGGGGGCGGAGCCAACGCUGGGGGAGCUGCGCGCGCAGCUGCGUCGGGCCCUGCUGCCCGCCUGGGGGUACAGUUCUGAUACCGCGUUUUCAAUAACAUUGAACAGAAAAGAUGCUCUCAUAGAAGAUGAAAAGACAUUAGCUGCAUAUGGGAUUGUUCCUGGUGACUUGAUAUGCUUAUUACUAGAAGAAGCAGAUGGACAACCCAACCUACCUCCUCCUUCUACUCCUCCCCGACUUGAGAAUGGUCAUGAGCUGCCCACCUUGGUCCCCAACAAAAUGGAGGCUAGCAGUCCAAAAGAAGGGCAGAAUGAGCAAUCUGACAGUGAGAAAACUCAGGUGGAAGUUCAAAAGAGUGAUGAGAGGGCAGGAUCCAGCCUAGCAUUUCCUUCUGGAUUAGUCCCAGAAGAUGUUGACCUGGAAGAAGGUACAGGCUCCUAUCCCUCUGAACCCAUGCUGUGCAGUGAAGCUGCUGAUGGUGAAAUACCGCAUUCCUUAGAGAUGCUCUACCUUUCUGCUGAGUGUACCAGUGCCACUGAUGCCUUGAUCGUCCUAGUUCAUCUUCUCAUGAUGGAGACAGGCUAUGUACCUCAGGGGACAGAAGCCAAGGCAGUGUCUAUGCCAGAGAAAUGGAGAGGGAAUGGUGUUUAUAAGCUACAGUACACACAUCCACUUUGUGAAGAAGGUUCUGCUGGUUUGACUUGUGUACCUUUGGGAGAUCUUGUUGCUAUUAAUGCAACAUUAAAAAUCAACAAAGAGAUUAAAGGUGUUAAGAGAAUACAGCUAAUGCCAGCAUCGUUUGUUUGCUUUCAGGAGCCAGAAAAGGUUGCAGGUGUUUACAAAGACCUUCAGAAAUUAUCCCGUCUCUUUAAAGACCAGCUGGUUUACUCUCUUCUGGCUGCUGCCCGACAAGCUCUAAACUUGCCAGAUGUGUUUGGGUUAGUGGUCCUUCCUCUUGAGCUCAAGCUUCGAAUUUUCAGACUUCUGGAUGUCCGUUCGCUCAUCUCUCUCUCUGCUGUUUGCCGUGAUCUUUACACAGCUUCAAAUGACCAGCUUCUGUGGAGGUUUAUGUAUCUGCGAGAUUUCCGAGAUCCUAUUGCAAGGCCUCGUGACACAGACUGGAAAGAACUGUACAAGAAAAAGUUGAAACAGAAGAAGGAAGCCCUGAGAUGGAGGCACAUGAUGUUUCUGCCCCCUACACCUCAUCCAAUCCCUUUUCAUCCCAACCCAUUCUAUCCUAAUCCUUUUCCUCCCAACCCAUUUCCAUCAAACCCAAUCUAUCCCCCAAUGAUAAUUGGUGGAGAAUAUGAUGAGAGACCAACACUUCCAUAUGUUGGAGACCCAAUUAACUCACUCAUUCCUGGCCAAGGAGAAGCACCAGGCCAGUUUCCUCCAUUCAGACCACAUUUUGACCCAAUUGGUUCCUUGCCUGGAGCAAACCCCACACUUCCAGGACGAGCUGGUCCCAAUGAGAGGUUUCCACCUAGACCCAGCCGGGGCCGCCCCAUGGACAUUCGUCGUGCAUUCAUUUGAUUGCUGCUUUUCCCUUCAGUGAGUUUUCUAGUCCUGAGCUUGCUUUCUAACUGCAGGAGAUUGCACAUCACGGGCACUAACACCUGCCUUCUCUUCAGAUUGUAGCAAGAACAUGUGUGCAUGGUGAUGUUCCAGCCAGAAAGGCUGGGUUUGUUUCAUGCUCUGGUAGUACUCUUACCACCUGGCUAAGGUCUGUCUCACAAAGAGCUACAACUUAGAACAGUUUGUUCUGCUUCCCUCCCCCCUCUCACCUUUAAUCAUCUGUGAAGUGCUACUUUAGAGACCAGAAGGAUACCAGCCAAAUAUUUGCUGCAUCAGAUAAAGAGCACUUUAAAGUACAAACCCUUAAAUUGUUUGUCUUAUUGGAAGAGUUUUAUUAAAUUGCCAGGAAAAAUGGUGUUUCAAAUGUACCUGGCUAAUAAUCUUUAUUAACAAAAAGAACUACUGUGUCUGACAUAGAACAGGAUUCUUCUGUUGUUAUGGUAGAUGUGAGUUCUUAGAAAUUCUCAAAGAUGCCAUUUCCUUUUUUUUUUUAAUGUUUUAUUAGGUAAAAAGCAUUUUUGUAUUACUUAAUACACAAAGAAUACAGGGAAGGGAUUUUCUUUACAGUGGGGAUAUUAGAACACAAAUAAAACUGUUUUACAAACAACUGAGUAAAGUCAUGCUACAGUGCAACUCAGAAGUCUGGACAGAAGCAGGGCAAUUUUACAAAGAGCCAGCAGCAAAACUUUUCUUUUUCCUUGACUUUACAAGUAAGGAGCUAUAGUACAUGGCUGUUUGCUGUGUGUGAACUAAAACUGGCACAAAACCAAAUCUUUCCUCCUUCCUAACUUACUUAAGGAAUUAAAUAGGUUGACCUGGUUGCAGUGGAAAUGGGAUCACAGCAGAAGCAGAAUGAAUUCUCACUUUACUGCAGUAAAUAUCAUUUAAUUUCAUUAAUGAAGUAUCAAAAUACAUCUUGCGAAGAGGAACUGUGUUGUAGCAUGCUAUGAGCACCUUUCAAGUGUUGUCUUAUUAACCAGUGAGCAACUAACAAGACACUGCUAAAGUCUCCUAAUGAGGUCUGCAGGCUGAUGCUGGAGCUCAAUUAAAGGAAAACUGGAAUGACUAAACUUUACUAGAAAUUUUUCAUUUCUUACAUAUUUUUUAAGAUGGAUUGAUCUUAGUGUUUCUAUACAUGUAAAUGGUACUGAUGACUGUUGUGACAGCUGAUAUUUUCUAAAAUCCUUUUGAAAUUUCAGCAGAAGAAGUAGAUUGACAUUUCCUGUUAAAUACAAGCUAUUUAAACAGUAAUACUUAGGUGCUUUUUCAGGUGGUAUUUCAGUGAUUAAUUUUCUUGUUUUGUAUAAAAUCAGCUGACUUCAGUAGGAACAGGAAGUUUUGCCAUUAACUCCAGUGGAAGUAAAAUAUAUUACUUUAUUUUGCUGUCAAAAGUUGUAUUGCUUCUUUCUUUUCUUUCACAGCAAUGGCAUACCAGUGCAAAUUCUGCCAUAGUUAAACACUUAAGAGUUUGAGUCUGGGGACAGUAGUUUCCCUUCAGUACCAAGACUAGCUUUAUUUUUUAACAUUUGCCUGCAGUGUUUGAAUUGCUUUAUUCCAACAGAACUUUCAUUUAAGUAUAUAGUUGGGCUUCUUCGAGCUUAGUGAUUCUUGGUUGCACUGAUUAUAAAAGGAAGAUGGAAAUCUACACUGCUUUGGUCCUUGUGAUGAGUGCUUCAGAAAUGCACGUGUAGUAUUCAGAUAAGAUUAUACAGCUUUAACUGAGAACGUAAUGUGUAAAUUAUUCUUUUAGCUUUAGCUUUUUUUAAGCUGUUUCUGGGAACAAUGAUCUCUGUGUAUGUGAUAGGUUAAUUUUGUGGCACUAAUGGUGCUUGCAUUACCAGUGCCUUUGGCAGUCGUGCUUCUUGGUCUGCUGACACGCACCAUGCUGCUCUGGAGUUGAGCCUUCUCUACCAUGAAGACAGCCUCAUCAUACUUCUAUCAGGCUGAUGCCACAGGUUCUGUUUAUGCUAGAUUUUGUCAUUUGAACGUUUGUUUUUGAAGAAAUUAGCCCAACCUUUUUAUAGUUGCACCACUAAGUGAUCUGAAGAUAUUCCUUCCCUUUCUUCCUUGUUCCUUCACGUUGUAGUAAAGGUAUGGUGAGCCAAAAAUAAAGGAACCUGACUUCUGCAAGUGUCAGGUUCCCUAAAGAGAAGUUCCCUUUAUUCAUAAAACAGGAUAUGAAAUAUAAAGUGAGUAUCUUGGGAUGAACAGUUUAAAGUUAGAAGGCAAAACAGAGGGAAUAUUUGAAAACUAACCUUUAUUUUGUUUAUUCACCAGCUAGUAAGUUGGGUAUGAGUGACAUUGCCAUUUGCAAACUCUAGAAGAGAAAUCGCAAAAGAUAAAAAGCCUGAAGAUGGGCAUUUCCUACUGUACUGUUCAUUUGUAUCUAUCACUCUCAGGGUUGCUUCUGCUACUCCGUUGGAAAUAAGGAUCUAUCGUCCUUGGCUUUUAAAUUUAUUGUUUUAACUUAUUCCUGAAACUUAAGCUGACCAGGUGAAGUAACUGGGUCAUAUGCAGGAUUUAAGGUUUUAUGUACCUGACUGUGAUUAGUGGAAGAGAAGAAAAUGCUACUGCAGUUGGAACAGGACUGCUAUUCUUCUGAACCUUAGCUUUAUACGAGACUUUUAGUCAUAUGGGAAUAUAAAUGGCAUUCCUCUUGAAAUACUGCACCUAGAUACUACAAGAAAGUAAAGAUAUUUCUCAGUCUUUAUGUAAGCUGCAUAAUGUAAGUUAAUUUUCGGGGUGGUGGAUAUAAGUGGGUGUCUCAGCUAUGUCCCAGCUCCUUCUUGGGCUGGAUCCACACAAAUCUAUUCAUGUUUCCUGUCUUCCAUGUGAAGAAAAUUAAAGCAUGCAGGACAAAAGGGAAGCUCUGACCAGGUGCUCUUUUUGACAGCUGUAUGAGGAUGAUCCUAAGUGAUGUGGGGCAUGUCUGCCCUCUUGUUUAACUGUAGCUUCUGUUUGCCAAAUUUUCUGUUGCCUUCUAAUUGCCCCUAACUCCGGCUGUUCUAUUUAAGUACAUAAAUACCUCUUGGGUAUACCUUCAUUCCCCAUUCCUAAAAUGGAGAAUAUACACUUUGGAUUCCCUCUCUUUCUUGCUUUAUUAAAUUGUAGGGAUUUUGGAAUAGUGUCAAAGGAGAUAACCUGAAUAUAUGACGAUGCAUUUCUGAAUCUCCUGGUAGCCGCAACAUCUGGUAGCGUGAGCAUGAUGGCUAGAAGUGUAUUGUUGGAGUCCUUAUGGGACAUGGUGUAGAGCUUCAUCAUUUUAACUUAAGAAAUCAGCUCGGUGCUUUCAUUAAAGUGCUUCUGUGGAUAGAACUGAAGGUGCUUUUCAGGAACUGUGGGAGCAACCAAGUUAAGCUGAGAGAGAGCCUGUUUCUUUUACUUGCUUUUGCAAGUGGAGCUAGGAGGAGGGGUAUUGCUGUUCUGUUUGCUUGUCCCUCGAAAGAUGAUAGCUGGGAGCUGCAGGCAAAUGAUGAGAUCUGAGUCACUGCUGGGUGUCCAGUCAACAGUGCUCUGCUGUUACUGUGGUCCACUGGAGGAUCGCACUGCAGUGUUCAAAUGCAGCAUCAGCAAAUGAUCCAACUGUUGUGGCUUCUGUGAUGAACUGGGGUCGAUUUAUGGGGCCAUGCCAUACUAGUCACUAGUUAACUGUUUUUUGUGUCUGUUGUGUUUGUAAGAGAGACAUAAAAAGAUUCAGGAGAUAGAGCAAUUGGAGAUUCUGGCAGUAAACUUUUAUUUUUGCCUUUGCAUCUCUGGUGACCAUUUAGUAGGGAAAGGCAUAAACCAUACUAAGGGAAGUGCUACAGAAGGAAAUCCUUUCCCACCAGGGUUGUAUUACCUCCUCUCCAUGUAGUGCAGCCUGUUAAUCUGCUAUUGUUCUUGCCAAUGGAACAGUGCUUGCUCAAGGGCAUUUGUCACUCUUUUAUUGCUCCUGGAGACUGCAAACCAGCAAGGUCUGUUUUUUCUCCUUGGUCAAUGACAUGUAUUUAUGAUACUACAUUGUAAACUGCUUAGCAAACCUGGAAGGACAACACAGGGACAACACAGAACUUGAAGAGGGGUGCGGUGUGUGAAAAACAUAAAUCAUCAGGGAAUAGGGUGGUCCUGUAAUACUGAGAUAUAAAUCAUUGAGAUAU